AUGUUGCAGAUUAUAGCCCAAGUCUUAGGAACGCUGCUACUAGCUGCCACAUGUGUAGCUUCACCCGCUCCAAGACCUACAGCAGCGCCCGCCCCACGUGAAAUUGAACAAGCCUUUCAAGAGCGCGCGAUUGAGAAGCGUGCUGCGACCUGUACUUUCUCGGGAUCACUUGGCUAUUCUUCAGCCAGCAAGUCAAAGGCGUCAUGUUCAACAAUUAUUCUCGACGCGCUAACAGUGCCGGCUGGAAAGACACUUGACUUGACGGACCUCCCAGACGAGACUACAGUGAUCUUCCAAGGGGAGACUUCGUUCGCUUACAGCGAGUGGGAGGGUCCGCUUUUUGCUGUCAGCGGUACAAAUAUCAAAGUUGCUGGUGAGAGUAGUGGGGGCUCAAUUUUGAAUGGCAAUGGCGCUUCCUAUUGGGACGGUGAGGGUGGAAGUGGUGGCGUGACGAAGCCCAAGUUCUUCCAAGCUCAUGACUUGACCGACUCACUCAUCGAAACACUUACCAUUCUCAACCCACCAGUACAAGUCUUUAGCAUCAAUGGUGCAAGCAACCUCGAGUUGGCUUACAUUACUAUUGAUGCUUCGGCUGGAGACUCGUUGGGCAAGAACACGGACGGAUUUGAUAUUGGCUCUUCGGAUACUGUUACUAUUGAAUACGCUACUGUCUACAACCAAGAUGAUUGUGUUGCAAUCAAUUCUGGCACCAACAUCAUUUUCAAAAAUGGCUACUGCUCAGGUGGCCAUGGUCUUUCCAUUGGCUCGGUUGGUGGCCGUGACGACAACACUGUGGACGGGGUGUCCUUCACUACAUCGACAGUGACCGAUUCGGUCAACGGCAUUCGCAUCAAAGCCAUUGAAGGCGACACUGGAACCAUCACUAACGUCGAGUACGACGACAUCACCCUAUCUUCUAUCUCUAAAUAUGGUAUCCUCAUCGAGCAGAACUACGACGGUGGCGAUCUCGAUGGAGGCACUGCCACUAGUGGCGUCCCUAUCACCGAUCUUACCAUCAAGAAUAUCGUCGGCACCGGUGCAGUCUCCAGCAGUGGUUACGAUGUGGUCAUCACGUGUGGUAGUUCAGGUUGCUCGGACUGGACUUGGUCCGACGUGGCUGUUACUGGUGGAAAGAAGUAUGGUUCUUGCACUAAUGUGCCGAGUGUUGCUGCUUGCUCUUGA